AUGUUGUCGGCUUUACGCGAGAAACAAGAAAUGGAACAUCCAGAGUGGACGGCGGAAGAAGAGGUGCAACUGUUUCUCGCCAUGGAAGGUGUUCGGCCGGUUGGAAUCAACAGACAUUUCUUCAUGGCUUGCAUCGUGGAACGCUUGUCGAAAGCGCUACAGCGAGAGAUCGGUAGCGACACAAUCUGGUCACAUCUUCGCACGCUGUACAAUCUUAAAGCACUGGAUGAAGCGGAACCGGUACCAUUCCCGAAUGAUGAGUGUGACUUCUGUCUGCCGGAAUCUGAUUUCAGUGUUGCACUUGCGAAACGGCGACUAGAAGACUCGGAACGAAGCGCUACUGCCACGAUUGGUGGGGAGCACGAUUCGAAAAAGUUGGAAACGAAAUUGGACACUCCGGUUGCGAAAUCAUGUGCUUCCAGAACACCAGUACCGUCUUCUCGGCAGGAUGGUAAAGAUGGGGAAAAAGAAGAAAAAGACGUUAAGGAACGUGGUGAAGUAGGAACUACGAAAAUUAAGCUUAAAAGUUAUGAUAAUAUCGGAACACACGAUAGUGGACCGAAACGGUCACAGAAACGGACCCGCGGUUCGAUGUCGACCGAGCCAGGUCUUUCGAAUGCAUCCAGUCCAGCAAACACACCGCCAAAUGGACCAAAUACAAAACGUCGACGAAUUUAA